AGCUAGCAGAACUAACCCCACCAGCCAUAUAUAGGAACAGAAGGUCGUGAAUAGCACAUAUUCAGACGUCAUCUUCUACUACUGACUUCCUAUACAAAAGCUAUAAGAAUAUUGAUAAUAAAAUAAACGGUUACUUGCUUGUUACGAGUAAAAGUUAAUUCAAAUACCCCGCGUGACAGGAGGUUACAUUAUCAUGUGAUAAAAAUCAAAAUAAAUUAAAAUAUCGAGAUAAUAUAAAGAUUAUUAUGAUGAUACAGUGUAAGUUCUUUGAUGAUUUUCAAAAUGUUUACCAUCUGCAUAAGUGUUGUCAUUUUAAGUUAACAGCAUAAUUACAGUUUGUCAAUCACUUGCGGUUAAUCAGCAGUUCUGAUUAAUUUGUAUUUAAUUUUCCAUAAUGCCCCAAUAAAAACAAAAUGAUAAGUGUCUAAUGUAUCCAUAAGGUUAAAACUAAAUUAACACAGUUUUAGCAAAAAAGCUUUUGUAUUAUGCUGACAGGGGGGAUAAAUGCAGCAAAAAGUUAACCGGAACUGAUUGAAUGAGAAUGGGACAUACAGUCAUAACCAAAUGACAAUGUCACGUUAUGAUGAAGACUUGUAUGACAAUCCUUUCUACACAGCCCUCGAGAAGAACUAUCAUCUGCUUCUUGAUCAGGCUUCAAGCAGUCACUUGAUUGUCUGUGUACCCAAGUAUGAGCUGGUUAAAGAUGCAAGCUUUUCCAAAACUGACUUUGGUGAUCACAUUUUAUUGGCAAGUACAGACCAAGAUGACAGUUUCACUUCACUGACCAAGCAUCAUGUGCAGAUUCUUCAAGGGCAGAUCAUUUUAGGCAAGGGAUAUAAAGUUGCAAAAGAGGUAGCCAUCUUGUUUGAAGAGACAUUUUACAACAGCAAAGAUGAGAGUUACCGUGUUCUGUGUGUGUCAGAGGUCUUCAACAGAGCUGUGGAAAAAGGGAAUGCAAACAAGUCUACAUCCCCUGACUAUUCCAGAUUGCCAACAAGUUAUAAUGAGUUCUAUCAACUUCUGUGGGGACUUCAAGGAAGUGCAAAAACCAAGGAGAAUCUAGACAAGUUGCUGCUCACUUUCUGCAUAGACUAUCAGAAGUUCUCGGGACCAGUCACCCCGACACUUGUGGAUUUGGUGUCGGGUCAGGUGACCAGAGCGAUGCAGUUAGUCCUGAAGGACAGUCUGGUGAAACGACACAUCUCCCAGAGUGACCAGUACAUAUCAAGCCUGAAAAUCUCUGUAGAGAACUACCUAAUGAACGUGGUCCAUAAGCACCUGUUUGCCACCAUCACCAACUGCAUGAAGAGCAACGACUCAAAUCUGAACAAGAAGAACCGUAACUUGGUGGACACGCGUCUGGAGCAUCUGCAUGUGCGCGCAGAGUAUGAGGAGAAUCUGCCGGGCUCGCGGAAAGAGCUGUCCAAGUUGAACGACUUCAGUACGCCUUUCGAACGUCUACAGUGCCUCAAACGUGUUGUGACGCUUCUAACGAGGCCUGUAGAGGCUGCCAAAAGUGAUGAAAGUCUAAUGAUGGCGACAGACGAUCUUCUUCCUCUAUUAAUCUACCUAAUAAUACGCUCUCCUAUUCCAAACUGGUUUGCUAAUCUGACCUAUAUGAAGCACUUCAUUCUCACAAAGGUCGCAGAAUCAGACGAAUUUAGCUUCUAUUUAGCAACUCUGGAGGCAGCUCUUCACUUCAUUCUGUCUGGAAAUGUUAAGUCUUCCAAACCGACCCAAAGGAAGCCAGACGGAGGGGUUGGCAGACAGGCCUCGACAGGUUCCUUCACUUCUGCCAAGGAAAAAUUCUUUCAGUAUGUCCAAUACGGUGAUGAGGCUGCCGUGAGGCUGAUGCUUAAGGGAUCGCGAAGCUCGAGCUCUGACGACGUGUUCUCCAAACUGUGCCACCCGCUUUGUGACUGUGAGACAUGCCUCGAGCUCACAGCGUCGGUAGACAGCUCUGGAGCUGUCACUCCAAUGGUUAGAGAUGACAUGGGACGCACAGCUCUUCAUUUGGCUGCACUAUACGGCCAAGCAGGACUGAUAGACAUUUUAUCCAAGAACGGUUGCCUUGCUGAUGCCUCAGAUUUCUUGGGCCGCACUCCCCUGCAUAUGGCAGCAUUGAAGGGACAUCAGAACAUCAUUCUACUCUUGGUACAUUUUGGGGGUGAAGUGCGAGCUGUAGACAAUGAAGGCAACACCCCACUACAUUUAUGUGCCAAAAAUGGACAUGAGGACUGUGUGAAAGCCAUUCUGUUCUUGGACAGCCUAAAAAGUCGUGUUGAUGUAAAUGCGGGCAAUGAUAUGGGAGAGACUCCACUGCACUUGGCUGCUAAGUGGGGAUAUGAUGGCAUCGUACACUUCCUACUGGAAUGCGAGGCUGACCCCCGGGUGCGCAAUCGUCGUCGCCAGGCCCCCAUGGACGUGGCCCAGAAUGCUGACAUCAAGAAAGCUCUGCAGUCUGUAAUGGACGAAGGACCCCCCUUGGUCAUCAGUCAGAAGCCUGAUGUAUCCACCUCCUUGAUCAAUGUUCCCGCCACACCUAUCACCCGCUCACCCCAACCCAGUACCCCACGUAGCUCGAAUGAUGUGAUGUCGCCAUAUGUUCUAUUAGACGCUUCUCAGGAAUCGGUUGGUGGCUUCCAAGUCAUUGACGUGCGCUCCAGAAAGGAUGUGCCCAUGGUGGACAACUCCAGCAAGGCGGUGAUGUCCCCUGUGAAGCCCGCAGUUGCCUCCCUUGACCGGCCUAACGCUCAUCAGAUUGAGAGGCUCUUCAAGGCCAUUAAGCAGAAGGAUUUGCCCCUGGUCCAGUUCUACCUGGGCUGGGUGGAGGACACAUCCCCGCUACCAAGCCCUGACCAGGUCACCAUGGAGACAAUGUGUCACCCCCUUUGUCAGUGUGUCAAGUGUGUCAACAUUCAGAGACAUUCUAUGAAGGAUGCCCUUGAAAUAGACUGCAGAAACAAGAAGGGAUUCUCUCCCCUGCACAUAUGCGUCAUCGAGAACAACUUUGAUGUGUUUGAAAUUCUGCUGAUGAAAGGUGCCCUCCUUGACAUACAGACGACCAAACACAUCACUCCUCUACACCUGGCCUGCUACCAUGACAGACAAAAGAUGGUGGAGGAGUUGGUGAAUCAUGGAGCCAGUGUCAACAUUCACGAUCAGCACGGAGAGAUCCCUCUACAUCUGGCCUGCGCAAGAUCCAGCCCCGCUAUUGUGCAGCUGUUAUUGGAGAAGUCCAGCUUUGUGAAUGUGGGAAAUGUGGACGGUUACACUCCACUACACCAGGCAGCCCAUAUGGGGCACACAGAGUCUGUGAAGAUACUCUUGAAAUUUGGGGCUUCCCCCUCCCGAAUAGCCCUGGACCAGAAAACUCCUCUAGACAUGGCAAAGACUGAUGAAAUCAAAACAUUGCUGAAGAAUUACAUAGCCAACCACACGACAUCUGUAGGUUGCAGCAACACAGAGGCAGUGUCUCAGGAAGAUGGACCAGUUCCCCAUGCAAGGACCAGUAAUGAUUCACCCUUCACUGAAGUUGUUGCACCAAUUACUACUUCUAAUUCUACCGACCAGAUAAAUGAAAACAACACAUCUGAUGACAAUGACUUGUUUAUGGAAGAACAUGGAUUAUCAGCACGAUACAUGAAACGUAGUCAGACAGUCGAUAGCUAUGGAUCUCGGACAGGACACUCUAGAAAACAGCUCACCCUGUCUAUCGAGCAGUUUGACAAAUUAAAACAAUUGAAACGGUCUCAGACCUUUGAUCAUAGCUCGCCAAAGUUAGACUCAACUGACGUGAAAUUUUCCAUAUCAAUUAAACACUUUGAUAGGAAGAACAGCUUAAAACAUGUUGAAAUGGUUGAAAAAAGUAGUCCUGUGUUGGAGUCAUUGAAACUUCCACUAUCCAUUAGGCAUUUUGAUACAGGCAGUUUACACCAUGUGGAACCAGUUGAUAAAAGUAGUCCCUUGUAUAUUUAUUCACUGUGUAGGGAUACAAGUUGGUAUGACAACUAUGCAGAUACACCCACUGCUAAUGUGUUGGGGACUACUUUUUUCGGUGAUAUUAAUGAUGAAAGCCAUGAAAAUGGUGUCGUUAAUUCCAACUUAGUUAAUCAAGGUAUUACUGAUACACAAGUGGAGAAUGGCGAAGUAGAAACAAAGGGACACAAGUUUGAUGGUACCAAUCAGAUCGAAGUAGAAACAAGGCUACAUAAUAAUGAUAAAAAUGAUUGUACGGAUGUGAAAAGUGAAUAUGGAACAAAGUUAGAGGGGGAGUUUGAAAGUUGUGCCAAAACACAAGUACAUGACAAUGAGAAUGAAAUAGAAGUUACUAACAAUUGUACUGCUAACCAAGUGGAAAAUGACAUAGAGCCAACAAGGGAAAGUAAUCAAGAAAGUAAAAGUGUGCCAACUAAGGGAAAUGUGCAAGAAAAUACUGACACUGAAACAGACAAUACCAUAGAGACAACUAAUGAACUUAGUCAGGAUUGUAAAAAUGGUAUUCAUCCUGAAAGCAAUCAUGAAAAGGAAAUAAAUGUUGAUGUAACACCAAAUGAAGAUAAUCAUUUAGAUCAUGAUAAACUGGAAUCAAACUAUGAGGAAAUAGCAAAGGGUGCUGAUUUUGAAAACGCGAAUAAACAAAUUAAUAAUGUCUCAGUCUACAACAUGGCAGAAAUCUGUGAUAAAUAUACAAGCAAGAUUGUUACCUUAAAUGGAACAAUGGGCAAUGAACUGCUUGAAACAAAAGUGGAAUCUGAAAAUGAUACAACUGUGAAAGAAGAUUCUGGUAGGUAGAUUUAACGUGCAAUAAAUUCAGUGGAUGUAAACAUGAAACCUAAUGGUUGAACAUUAUCAGUUGAACUAUUAAAUGGUAUUGAUUAGAACAACAGUGAAACAAUUAAUGUCAUAAAAUGUUAGUAAAUUAAUGAACGGUGUAUUUGAAAAUUGCAGUACUUUCAAUGUGAUUGAAGCACAAAAUGAAAUAUUAUUCAAACAAAUGGAAUCAUUCCGACAUUAAGAUUUGUAUUAUUUGUCAUUGUUAUUUAAUGUGUUUUCAGAUAUGCGUAUAUACUAAAAAAAAGUUGUGCAUGUUUUAAGCAACGCUUGGUAAUCAACUUUAGAUUGCUUUUUAUCCAGUUCUAAUAUAACUUAUUAUAAGAUUGCACAUGCUUUAAUUUACUGCUGUUAUAGAUUUGUAUUCCCCCGGUAGGGUGGCAUAUACCAGUUGAACUGUCAGUCCGUCUGUCCAUCUGUGCGUCUGUCCGAAAACUUUAACAUUGGCCAUAACUUUUGCAAUAAUGAAGAUAGCAACUUGAUAAUUGGCAUGCAUGUGUAUCUCAUGGAGCUGCACAUUUUGAGUGGUGAAAGGUUAAGGUCAUCCUUCAAGGUCAAAGGUCAACAAAACAAAUCCAAGGGAAGUUACAAGCUUUAAAGACAGAUAAUUUGUAUUUAUCAUUUGGCAGGUACAUAUCAUUUUCACAAGGGAAGAAAUAUUUUUUAAAGGUAUAUAAUUAAAAAAAAUCAAAGCAGCGCAAUAGGGGACAUUGUGUUUCUGACAAACACAUCUCUUGUUAUUAUCCCCCGUCAUAGGCGGAGGGAUAUUGUUUUGGCGUUGUCCGUCCGGCCGGCACUUUUGUGUCCGGAGCCAUAUCUUGGAAGUGCUUUGGCGGAUUUCAUUGAAACUUGGUAUGAGUAUAUAUAAUUAUAUAUGGAUAAGAUGAUGAUGCAAACCAAAUGGCAUUGUACACCAUUGGAUAAUAACGGAGUUAUGGCCCUUUGUAUCUUGAAAAAAAAAAAUGCGUGUCCGGAGCCAUAUCUUGGAAGUGCUUUGACGGAUUUCAUCGAAACUUGGUAUGAGUAUAUAAAUUGAUAAAGAGGAUGAUGCAUGUUGUCCAUCCGUCAAGAAAUAUUUGUGUCCAGAAGUAUAUACAUGUAGGCGGGGGUUAUCAAUUCAACGAAUUUGCUUGUUAUUAUUUUGUAAUUAUUUUGUUAUCAAUAUACCAGAUGUGAAGAAUACAAUUACUGGUAAAUUUUUUAAUCUGGUCACUUCAAAUAACUUUUCUAACACUGUUUUGAAUACAUGUUGAUUAUUGUUAUUUAUUGAGUUGUAGGCCUUUAAUUAUAUAGAUAAUAAGUCAGCACUUGUCAGUGAUUUUGUUUGCUCAAAAUUACAGCCGAUUUUCGGCUGCUUCCCAAUCGCAAAAUUCCACGUUUUUUCCCUAAAAUCUGACCAAAAUUUCCCAAAAAAAGCCCAAUUAAAAAAAAAAUGUAUUAUUUGUUUUAGAAAGAAGUCUCUUAUGACUUAAUUAUGAUUUCUUAACUCUAGAUCUCAACUUUAUUUUUUUAACAUCCCACACAAUAUAUAACUUUAAUUUAGUCCUUUUUGUCAAUAAAUAAUUCCCAAAUUUGCCACUUUUAUUGAUAAAAAUAAAAAAUAAAAACAAUUUAACCAGACUCCUUUUCCCAAAAUGGCUAGAAAAACCCCUGAACAUGCACUUAAAAACAAUAUUAAUCAUAUUUAUAUUGCUUAAUUUUUCCCAAUUUCAUGGUUUAUCGUGCUAUUUUUCCCAAUUUCACUGUUUAUCGUGCUAUUUUUCCCAAUUUCACUGUUUAUCAUGCUAUUUUUCCCAAUUUCACUGUUUAUCAUGCUAUUUUUCCCAAUUUCACUGUUUAUCAUGCUAUUUUUCCCAAUUUCACUGUUUAUCAUGCUAAUUUUCCCAAUGCAAAUGGCACAGGCUGUAACAAAUAAAAGCAAACAAAAUCACUGCUUGUUUAUCAAGCUUCAAACACACCUUGGUUACUUUUAUUUGUUUUUAUGCUUAGAGAGUGAUGUGAGUGUUAUUCAACACUUACCAUUUAUUCUAAUUUUGAUGAUAAAAGAAAGCGAAAAUGAUUAAUAUAGCCAGAAAACCACCUCAGAAAGUUUCAAUAAAUUCGAGUGUGCUGAUAAAACCUAUCGCAGGUGGUGUAAUUAUGUCAAUGUCUGCACUAUUAUGUGAUAUGCUGUAAAUUUUGCUGGUAGUUUGAUAUACAUGUAUGGACCAAGGCGUUAUAUAUUGUGAGAAAUUCAUUUCCUAAUUUAUAGCUUGUUGCUUUUACGGAUUUUUUUUUGGUUGAAAUGAAGUAUUUUCUAUACAAAAAAUCCAGUCUAGGCGGAAAAUGUCAUCCCUGAUAAACUGCUUGACUACACAACAUUAUUUAUGUUUAUAUGCUUACUAUUUAUUGAUUUUAUUAUACAAAUAUACAUAUAGAAUAUAAGUAGCAAAUUU